AUGUCAAUGGAUAUAACUUUCCUCGGCACAGGCUCAGCGUAUCCGUCUCCAACAAGAGGAGCAUCGGCAUUAGUGCUUCGCAGGGAAGGAGAGUGCUGGCUCUUUGACUGCGGAGAGGGAACUCAGACACAAUUCAUGAAGAGCCAUCUCAAAGCAGGCAGAAUUACCAAGAUUUUCAUAACUCAUCUUCAUGGUGACCACUUUUUUGGACUUCCUGGCCUGCUGUGUACACUUAGCCUCCAAAGUAGCCCUGACCUAAACAAACCACCUGUUGAUAUUUAUGGACCAUUAGGACUGCGAAACUUCAUAUGGAGGAGUAUGGAGCUCUCCCACUCACAACUUCUGUUUCCCUACACUGUUCAUGAGCUGGUGCCUACACGGGACCAGUGCCCCGCAGAAGAAUUCAGAGAUUUUUCUUACUUGGACAGAGAUGAGGUAUCUCCCGAGGGAGCACAAGGGAGAAUACUCCACCUGGAUCCAGUAGAAGACUCUUACUUGCUGAUUGAGGAUGAGCAGCUGGUUCUGAAAGCAUUUCGCCUAUGUCACCGCAUUCCUUCCUUUGGCUUUGUGGUGGAAGAGAAGCCCCGGACCGGUAAACUCAACGUACAGAAACUGAAAGACCUUGGAGUUCAACCAGGUCCUUUAUAUGGGAAACUGAAGAAUGGAACUGCAGUUGUUCUAGAAAAUGGAAUAACGAUUUCUCCUUCUGAUGUCUUAGAAGACCCUAUUCCUGGAAGAAAAAUCUGCAUUUUAGGGGAUUGUUCAGGGGUGGUUGGAGAUGCGGCCGUGAAGCUUUGCUGUGAAGCGGAUGUACUGAUACAUGAAGCCACUUUGGAUGAUACCCAAGAGGAAAAGGCCAGAGAGCAUGGUCACAGCACUCCAAAAAUGGCAGCAGAUUUUGCAAAAUUGUGUAAAGUUAAGAAACUGGUUUUGACUCACUUCAGUCAGCGGUAUAAACCGGCUGCUCAGAGAGGUGAGGGAGAUACAGGCAUCACCGAACUGAAGAGACAGGCAGAGUCAGUGUUAGAUGGUCAAGAAGUAACACUAGCUGAGGAUUUUAUGACAAUAGAAAUUCCAAUGAAAAAGUAA